AAGGCCCAUAAGCGAAGGCCCGUAGCCCCUGUCAACCUGACUCAGCAUUGCAGUACAUUGCAAUCCCUCUGCGCGACCACCAAACCUGAACAGUGAUCGUAUGAGCCCUACUUCGAUCUUUUCCACACGGGGAGUGCCACUCGACAGCAAGCAUUAAUCACUGUGGUUUCAGUUUUCUGAUAAUCUUUCCGGUAUGCCCAUCACUCAUCUGUCUCUGCAAAUGACUAAUCUUUUCGCCGUCUUUUUGUUUAUUUUUUGUUUUUUCCCGAGAAAACCCAGUUUUUUUUCGAUGAUUAUUGGAAAACUCUGAGGGUUUUGCUUCUGAGAUGGAAUUAAAGAGCUUUACGAGGUUUUGCAGUAAAGUUGCCGAGAAAUUAGUAUUUUUCCUGGAGGAAAGUUGUAGAAAAUGAGCUCAAUAGAGUACUCUUUUGUGUGGCAUUGUGAAUACUGGACGGGUUUGAAUGUAUUUGUGGAGCUUGUCUGAUAUCGAUUCAGAAAAUUAUAUUUCGGGGGAUGUUAUUUCCUUUGCUCCUACCAACAUUAGCACAUUUAGCUGCAGGCUUGAAGUUGCAGGUCUAAUAAUAGUUCUGAGGCUUUUGUCCUUGCCCAAAGAUUGCUUAUUGUAGUAUGGAAGGGAAUAAGCGAAAUUUUUUCAAGAAACGCCUGAAUUCACAAUUUAAGAAGAAAGGAGGCCACAAAAAGGGAAAGUGGCACAAUUCUAACCGUGAACAGUCUGGUGGUAAUUCUCACGCUGCUGAAACAGUUUAUCGUAUACUAUGUCCUUCAAGAAAAAUUGGUAGUGUUAUUGGGAAAGGUGGCAACAUAGUCAAAGCCUUGAGAGAGGAAACUCAAUCAAAGAUUACAGUUGCUGAUUCUGUACCUGGCUCGGAUGAAAGAGUAAUAAUCAUCUAUAGUUCUUCUACAAAGGUUUCCCAGAAACAGAAUAUUAAUGAGGAUUUAGCCUCAGAAAAUGAAGAAGAAAUUAAUGAUGUCAUGCAGCCACAUUGUGCUGCCCAGGAUGCUCUCUUGAAAGUUCAUGAGAGGAUCGUUGAGGAAGAUCGUUUUGGUGGAAUGACAUUUGAAGAUGAAAAUGAAAACAAUGUUAUCACUACGCGCCUUCUUGUUCCAAACAAUAUGGUGGGGUGUCUUCUAGGGAAACGUGGGGAUGUCAUUCAGAAAUUGCGAAGUGAGACUGGUGCUAGCAUUCGUGUUCUUCCAGCAGACCAUCUUCCUUCCUGUGCUAUGAACAAUGAUGAGUUAGUGCAAAUUUCAGGAAAGCCUGAGAUUGCAAAGAGGGCUCUCUAUGAAGUUUCCACCUUAUUGCAUCAGAAUCCACGCAAGGACAAGCCUCCUUUGAGUUUCCCUACACCCUAUGGGGCACAAAAUUUUCAUCCUGGAGAUCCCAUGGGAAAUAUGCCGCCACCAGGUAAUCCAAUGUGGUCUCACAGGAAUUCUUCUCCUCAUGGCAUGCCACCAGUGCCAUGGAUGGGGGGAUAUGAGAAUCAGCCUCAUGGAUUUGGGCCAGGUGGUUUUGAUCGUGUUCCACCUGGGCAUGGUGGGGAAGCCUUAGGUGAGUUUAAUAUGAAAAUUUUGUGCUCAGCUGGUAAAAUUGGGGGAGUGAUUGGCAAGGGGGGCUUCAAUGUGAGGCAGUUGCAGCAAGAGACUGGAGCUAAUAUUCAUGUUGAGGAUGCAUCUGCUGAGUCAGAGGAACGUGUGAUUCGUGUUUCUUCUUUGGAGGCUCUGUGGAACCCAAGGUCGCAAACUAUCGAGGCCAUUCUUCAGCUUCAAAACAAAACUAGUGAAUUCUCUGAGAAAAGUAUAAUUACAACAAGACUUCUUGUUCCAUCUAGUAAGGUUGGUUGCAUCCUUGGACAAGGUGGUCACAUUAUCAAUGAGAUGAGAAGGAGAACCCAGGCCGAUAUACGUGUUUACUCCAAGGAUGACAAGCCUAAGUGUGCAUCUGACGAUGAAGAACUUGUACAGAUAUCUGGGAAUUUCGGUGUUGCUAAAGAUGCAUUGGCAGAGAUUGCAUCAAGACUGAGAACAAGAUGUCUGCGAGAUGCAAAUGCUGGAGUAGAGCCUCCUCCUGUUGGGCCAGUCCAGGGCUUUGGUCCUCCAGGAAGCAUUCCUGGUGGAGGACCCCCACCACCGACUGCAAUAGGACCUGGCAGCUCUGGUGGAUAUGAACUUUUAAAGGGCGGUGGACAUGAAUAUGAGCGUCACAGUUAUCCAGUCCCACCAACUGCUCCUGGAUACCCAAAUGUCAACAACCCCAUGGAUGUUAAAAUCCCAAAUAAUUCAGGAGGUCCUGUGAUUGGAUCAGGAGGGAGCAACAUUCCAAAUAUCGGUGAGAUGGCUGGAACAAGGGUGAAACUCCAAGAUCCUCAAUCUGGUGGCUCAGAGUGUGUUGUUGAGAUCCGUGGUUCAUCUGAUCAUUUGAAUGCUGCUCAGAGUAUACUUCAGUCGUUCAUUUCUUCUGGUGGAUCAACUGUUAAUACCCAACAAGGUGCUUAUCCAAACAUGAAUUCUCAGCAGGGCGCCUACCUGGGCAUUAAUGCUCCUCCACAAGGUGCUUAUCCGAGCUUCAAUACUCAGCAAGGUGCCUACCCAGACAUGAAUGCUCCUCCGCAAGGUGCGUAUCAGGAUAUGAGCACACAGCAAGCCUCCUAUCAAUACCGAUACUGACUAAAAUUGGGAAUUUUGUACCAUAAAUUUGCCAUUUACUUUAUCAGAGUUCUUGGCCUACCAACACGCAGGCACAAUGUGCAAAGUGGAUGAAAUUUCUAUUUACAUUUUGAGCUUUUCUAAUGAAUUAAUGAUUGAAAACA